AUGGCGGCAGGCAGCAGUGGAGUUCGCGAAUCUCCAGAUAGUGAUGUGUUUUAUUCUUCAGACAGUGACCCUGGCGACUUGGGACAUGGACCGGGUCAUGAUUUAGAGCAAACAGUUGAAAAAGCUUCAGAUCUUCUCCUGUGCAGAGACUUUGAUAGAUGUUUGGUGCAUUGUUCUGAAGUAAUUGACAGAAUUAGACAUACACCGAGUUUCCAGAGCUAUGUGGACUCCCUGUGUAUCGUUACGAUCCAAGCGUUUGCCGAGCUGGACCAGUGGGACGCUGUCCUUCCGUUCGUUCAGAGGAUUUAUAAGAACAUUGAUAACUGUCCUGUCAGAAUCAUUCAAUUGUGUCUUCUCCUCCAUGUGAAAGUGAAAGAAUACAUCAAAUGUCACGCCAUUGCCAAAACGUGGCUGCAGAAGGACCGCAAUCGACAAUGCCCUCAAUACUCCGAUGUGGUCAAGCUGUACGUCCAGCGCGUGCUGGUUCCACUCGGUGCCUACAACCUCAUCCCCCAACUGGUUGACAGCUGUCAAGGACUCGGUGAUGCAGAGAAGGACGCCAUGUUGUCACCCAUGAGGGCGCUGCAUUCAGAUGCUGGAAAAACAGCAAGAGGGGGGAUAACUCACUCCCUUGCCGAGCCUGAAGAAGAAAAGAACAUAACUCGACAAGAAACCAGAGCUCGGCGAGGGUUUGCCCACCUGGAGUUGGUGAAGUCUUUACGGAGAGUCAGCAACAAGCUACUGCAGUGGGUGGGGCGACUGAGGCUCAGUCCAGCAUGGAGACUUGUCUUUCUAGUCACUCUAGCCGCACUGGCCUUCGUCAACAGCUUUAAUAGCGACAUGAUGACCGGUUAUGGACGCCUAAUGACUAUGGUGACAUCGGCCACAAAACUGUGGUCAGUGACGACUUCCGGGAAACCAGGCUGACCAAUGUGCUGACUUGAUGGUGGACGGAUGAUGCCUCAUCCAGGGUGGAGGGACCGGAGUUAAGGGUACUUCAGUCUGUAGACACUCAUAGGUUUAUACAACAGGAGACACACAUGUGUCUCUGAAUCUUAUUUCAGUGGAUCAACACAGCUAUGUUUAUACUGUAUUCAGAUUUAUGUAACACGUGUUAUGUAUUCAGAUUCUUUUUCAGAGAAGUUUUUACCAAAGUGAUUGCAUUUGUCAACCAUUUCAAAGUUAGUGUGUAAAAUACCUAGUCAUGCCAGUGGAACCAAAAGUGAUCUCCUUUAGAUCGUUGUCUUUUUCUAUACUUUCACAUUAAGCAGAAAAUAAUGCAAUUUAGACACAUGUUUAUGGCAGUAUUUUUGAGUCAGUACCCAGUUACAAAGAGAUACAAAUGUGAAACUCUGGGUACAAUACGAUGUAUCUUAUUGCAUCCCAGGUACACAUUGACUGUACCAAGGUGAAUAACUAUGUUUUGUGUAUCAUGUUUUGCACGUUAAACCACGCCACUCCCCUACCUCACUCACCCAUGUGCCACCCUGUCUACCUUCCUUAUUUGCUGCACUCAGCAAUAUUCCAGCUAUAUUGCAGCAGUCUGUA